CGAACAUGAUCCUAUCCUAUCCGAUUGAAGAAGUAGCAAAUAAGGAGCCACCAGGAACGAAGGUCCUAUCCUAUCCGAUUCUUGACAGCUGCACAUCAUCAUGGGUGGCUCUCCAAGUCAGGUUCUUCCGAAUGUUUGGAUGGGCGGUUCGGACGUUUUGCCUGGAACAAACAACGCGUCAACCUUCUUCCAUGACAAAGCGAUCGGAUAUUGCCUCUCAGUCUGCGAUACGGGACCGGAGCCUAUUGCUGUAGUCGCGGACGAGGUGGAGACACGGACAACAACUGCGUCAUCUGCGAAGAAAAAGAGGAGGUCUGUGGAUCAUUUGACAUGGAAGUUCUAUGAGGCUUUGCGAGACAACCCGUCUGCUGCUGGUCCUGAAGCAGCGUCUCCUUCUCCAAGAUCCCACGUUGUUCGGGUCCUUCAAAUAUGCGUCGACGACUCAACCGAAGCGAAGCUUUUACCCGCCUUUCCAGUCACAGCUGCCUUUAUCCAGGCGGCGAGGCUUGGCUUGUUCGAUAAAAAUGAAGGAGGUGCAAAACUGCUUUCAAAUCGCAAAUGCUGGAAACCAUUUUUCGAAUGGCUUGAAAGUAUAUCAACAAACAACCGUGAGGUGAAAACUACAGCGGAAGAUGAUACAGGCUGUAUUGAAAAUAAGGAGCAGCCCUGCCACUGCCUGCAGCCAAGCGAAAACCUCUACAUCCAUUGUCAUGCAGGAAUAUCUCGUUCAACAACUGCGUUGGCAUCAUACCUAAUUUCUUGGUUAAAACUUCCACUAGCCGACGUCCUAGGACAUAUUCAUCGCUGUCGGGACACCAUAUGCCCAAAUCCUGCUUUUAUGGAACAGCUAAGGAGGUGGGAAAGGGAAAGCCUUUCCAGUAGUACCGAGAAUAAUCGGCUGGGUCGGGUAUCCGGUGGUUUGACUUUACCACAAUUGAACUUGGAGGAAAUGUUUUCUCCAACGGUUGCAACAUCUACCGGGAAGUCGGAAGAUGGCAAGACGAAACAAGGACGAGACCAAACGCCACAGGUGCAAGAAAAACUUAACGAAGCUGUUGUCGAAGAGUUGAAAGCCAAAGACCUGGCCUUUGUGGCUGACAUGCUGGCAAAGCAUGAAGAAAAAGCUCAUGAAUUCGCGAAAGCAAACUUUUUUUACUGUGCAGGUGGCGAACCGGUGCCACACCAUCUGGAGCAUGCAAUUGAGAAAGUCUAUGAAGAGGAAGAAGGGCAGGAGGGUGAAGGUGCAGUUGAAGGACUAGUAGAGAAAAGCGAUCAUGAUGAUGUUCUUGGCGAUGAAAAAGGACAUCUUCAAGGCUGUCGAGAAGUAGACGAUGAAGAUAUCGACUCUUCUGCGUCGUUCUUCUUCCUCCUGAAAGACCUGGAUACAGGAAAGCGUUGGAGAGUCGUGCCGAAAGGUUUAAGGAAAAUGGAUCCAUACUUUAUCGAUUCUGUAUCAUUUGGGGUUGAAGACUUUGAUAGACAAAAGAAAAAACUGCGUGAGAUGGUACUAAAGGAAAAUAUUUUUCAUAAGACGACGAGCGAAACUAAGAAUCUAGUAGUUGUACAAAAACACAACUUCGGAGGGGAUAAGAACGUUGGCCUCGAAUGGUUGCUUGAAGACGAGAACAAUGAUCUACUGUAGAUACUGCUCCCGACAAGUAGUUACGACUAAGAACAUCAAGAUUAAUCGCCUACUUGUGAUGUGAGAUAGAACGACAAUAACGAGAGUGAUGUCGAUCAUCUCCAAAUUGAAAUCCCGUGGUGGAUACGAGAAAUGUAUAAGUAUGGAAAUGGCGC